UCCGAGCGCGCAGAUAAAGAGACGGGAGGGAGCGCAUCUCUGUCUCAGACACCUGAUGAGCAUCCUCCAGACUCGUGAAAGCAGCGGACAGAGCUUCACAACAGAGAGCUGCUGCUUGGAUUUAAUCGAAGCACCAUAAACAAGAAGGCUUCUAAAUCCUGGGAAACACCAACAGGGAACUGCAUUACUGUAUUAUUAUUAUUACUGGACUCUAAAAGAUGGCACUGUCUUUUCGACGCAGGUGUUUACUUUUGCUGUGUUUGACAGCCAUCCAGUGUGGUCAUGCUGCCGUUCAGACGUGCAUGGAUAAGCACCAGGUGGUUGGGGUGCUUCGUCAAAUGGAGAAGUUUCUGAAAGGCCAGGAGAUCCGGUUUACAGAGGGCCUCAGGAUCAUGAAGUCAAAGCUGGCAACUCUUCAGAACUCUGUCUCCAAGUUGCCUCAAGCUGACCAGUCAGCUGCUCCCACCACCUGCCCCUCUCUGGAAGCCCCCGCUCACGGAACCAAGUUUGGCUCAAAGUAUUUUGUCGGACAUGAGGUCCAUUUCACUUGCUCCCAGGGCUACCAUCUUGUCGGUUCUGCCACUCGUGUUUGCCAGGACAACGCCACCUGGACAGGCAUCAGUGCCAUCUGUAAAGAUAUAAGUGAGUGUGCAAGUAACCCCUGCCAAAAUGGAGGAACCUGUGUGGAAGGUGUUAACCAGUACAAAUGCACCUGCCCCCAGAACUGGAGUGGCUCUCACUGUCAGCACCAAACCCAGACAGCACCACCUGAGUGGAGUGUCAUGAAUGAUCCAGCGUUCAGCCGGAGACCUCGCUGUGCCCAAGUGAACCAGGCCCAGCACUGCAGCUGUGAUGCAGGUUUCCACAUGAGUGGCACCUCUGACAACAGUAUCUGUCAGGAUGUAAAUGAGUGUGAAGUGUACCGGCUGGACCAAGGAGGGAAGCUGUGCAUCCACGAGUGUGUGAAUGUCCCGGGCUCGUACCACUGCUCUUGCCCCAAUGGCUACAAGUUACUCCCAGACGGGCGGAGCUGUGAGGAUGUGGACGAAUGUUUAAGCCAGCAGCACAACUGCAGCCGAGGGACAACUUGUAUCAACAUGGGGGGAGGCUUUCAGUGUGUCAACCCAGAGUGUCCCCGUUCUCAUGGCAACAUCAGCUACGUCAAGACAUCUCCCUUUCAGUGUGAGAGAAACCCCUGCCCCAUGGACAGCCGCUCCUGCCACCUGGCUCCUAAGACCGUGUCCUUCCACUACCUGUCUCUGACCUCCAACCUGAAGACUCCUGCAACGCUCUUCCGUAUGGCGACUGCCGCCGCCCCAGGGCGCACCGGGCCGGACAGUCUGCGCUUUGGCAUAGUGGGAGGAAACUCCCGAGGCAUGUUUGUGAUGCAGCGCUCAGACAGGCAGACGGGCGAGCUGAUACUGGUCCAGCAGCUUCGCGGGCCGCAGGAGAUCAGCGUCGAUGUGGACAUGUCUGAGUACAGCGACCGCACUUUUCAGGCCAAGCAUGUUGCCAGGGUUAACAUUCUGGUUUCACCUUACAACUUCUGAGAGCGAGCUGGAGAAGGAGGAAGACCAGAAACAGGAAGGUGAUGAAGAACAAGAAAGAGUGUAAUGGGCACUGAGUUUACUGAUACUGUUUCAUUUGUCUGAGAGGCCAUUCACAGGCCAGCAUCUGUUCGGUGCCCAAGUUACCAAAAGAAAGUGACAAGCCAAUAUUUAACAGUUAUAAUAAGAAUAACAAUAUAUGGCUAAACACAUCAUAGAUGCUUCUUUUAGUGUCAGUAUGAGCUUUGACUGAUGUUUGACUGAGUGUGUUUGGAUGCAUGAAUGUGCAGGGAGGGAUGGAGAACUGUGUUUGUCGUUGCUGUUGCUUUAUGUUUGUAUUUUUAUGUCCAUCAUAGAUCAUAUCUGUGUAGCUCAGGGUCCGGCCCCGGGGCUGAUGCACUGCCCUCGCUUUACUGACGAUAAAUCCCUAUAAGACAUUAGUGCUCCCGUGGCUCUAAAUUAUUGGAAAUAUUAUUGCUGGAUUAUACAUUGUAACAUACUGUACGCCACAUCUUCCAUCAUAUACUGUAUAUUUGUUUUGUUUUGUACUAGCUUGCUUUGUUUAAGGCACCAUCCAUUAUACUAAGGGAGUUUUUAUUUUUAACAGUAUGCAGUACUGUACCUGGGCAUAUUUUCUCUAUUACUCAUAUUCUGUAUGUAACCCAGAAAUCACUAUAUCCUAAAUCAAAGAUGAUUUGGCAAGCUUGCAAAUGCACUACACAAUUUAUCUGGAAUUUUAAUUGUCUCUACAUAUCUGAAAUAAAGUCUAACUUUUCAGGA